UUAUAAUCUCCUCAUGCAGAAACCAAAAUGGCGCGCGACUAGACGAAGAAGGAGAGAGAGAGGGCGGAGCUUUCACAGUCCUCUCCUCCUCCUCCUCCUCCUUAUCCAAUUAUCCGUUCACCCUUCUCUGCAAAAUCCCAGGGUUUCAGAAACCCCUAAUGUUCUCAUGAUUCUUCUUUCACUCUAGCUUUCUCUUCUUCUUCUUCUUCGAUGCGACGAUCGAAUAUUCCAACUCCGGCGGUACAAACUCAAAAGAAGAUGGACACAGUAAAGCUCCACUUUCGGCCCAACCCCCCUCGUUCCAACAAAUUCUUUUCUCGAAUUUCUACAUCCAAUACAAAAUGCACGCCACGAGGAGAUCUCUGGAUCUUCGUUGCGGUUGUUGUAAGUAUCACCCUGUUCUGUUAUCUAUUCGUCAAUGCAAGAGGUUCUCGAAAUUCUCCAUUUUCAAAGAGAAAGUUUGCCAUUGUUUUGGACGGUGGGAGCACCGGUACUCGAAUUCACGUGUUUCGGUUCUCUAUCAACGGGAAAGGAGUGCCUCUCUUUGAUUUUGGGAAGGAUGGAUUGGCGUCCAUGAGGGUGAAUCCGGGUCUAUCUUCGUAUUCGGCGAACCCAGAAAAUGCCGCGAGUUCCCUGUUGAAGCUUUUGAAAUUUGCCAAGGAGAGAAUUCCGAAGGAUCAUUGGGGAGAGACUGAAAUUAGGCUAAUGGCGACUGCGGGUUUGCGGAGGCUUGAUUUAGAUAUUCAGGAGCGGAUAUUGGACUCCUGCAGGAAGGUUCUUAGUGACUCAGAUUUCCUAUUUCGGGAUCACUGGGCUUCUGUUAUCACAGGUUCUGAUGAAGGUUUAUAUGCCUGGGUUGCGGCAAAUUAUGCCCUUGGCACACUUGGUGGUGAUCCUCAGAAUACAACUGGGAUAAUUGAACUUGGUGGGGCUUCUGCUCAGGUCACAUUUGUUUCAAGUGAGCCUCUGCCUCCUGAGUUUUCACAUACUCUUAAAUUUGGGAACUUCACUUACAAUCUCUAUAGUCAUAGUUUGCUUCAUUUUGGCCAGAAUGUUGCAUAUGACUCGUUGCAGGAAUUACUUGCCUCAAGAGAUUGGAAAUUUUCUGCACAAUCUGUUGGAGAGACAGUGUCUAUAGAUCCAUGUUCUCCUAAAGGGUAUUCACAUGAAGUGCAGUUCCAGAGUCUCCCACCUGCUGUACUGGAUGAAAAGAGCAAAUAUCUUCCAACUCUUCAUGCGAGGGGUAACUUCUCAGAAUGUAGAUCUGCUGCUCUAAUGCUGUUACAGAAAGGAAAAGAGAAAUGCCCUUUCCAGCAUUGUUACAUCGGAUCAACCUUCAUACCAAAGCUGCAGGGAAAAUUCUUGGCCACAGAGAAUUUCUAUCAUACAUCAAAGUUCUUCAGACUGCCUGAAACAGCAUUUCUCUCCAAUCUGAUGUUSACUGGACAACAGUUUUGUGAAGAAGACCGGUCAGCACUCAAAAAGAAAUACAGUAGCCUUUCUGAGGAUGAUUUGCUGCGAUAUUGCUUCUCUUCAUCUUAUAUUGUGGCUCUACUGCAUGAUACUCUUGGAAUUUCAUUGGAUGAUCAAAGGAUUCUGGUUGCAAAUCAGGUUGCAAAUAUGCCACUUGACUGGGCUUUGGGAGCUUUCAUCUUGCAAAAUACAGCUGAGUCGGGUAUGGAAGUUGAUUGGAUUGUUACCAAUGUCAGUGAUGAUUCAUCCAUGUUGGUUUCCCUCUUUUUUGUCUUUAUCAUGGUGAUUUUUACAGCAUGGUCCCUGUCAAAGUGGCAAAAACCCCAAUACAAGACUAUCUAUGAUCUGGAGAAAGGUCGCUAUAUUGUGUCAUGCGUUAGCAGAUGAUUGGUUGUAGAGUUGACCACAAUUGCUAUUGGGAUUCGUAGACAGAGAGGGAGAAAGUACUUUUUUCGCUGAAGAUCACAUUAGGGGCCCAUGACAACCUUUCAGAAAUGAUCAUAUUGACGGAACACUAUAGCUUCUGGAGAUCUGUAAAUUUGGGGUUUAUUAGUACAAAAAGGUUUGAAGAUGAAUGAGAGGAGGGGUCAGGCUCUACUGGGUUUUCAGACAUUAUCUUGGGAUGCCACAUUUCUAACUGGCAGCCUACGUGCUUUAGGUUGGUUAGGAAAUCUGCCGUUCACUCUAGCAGAUGAACUUGCCAGAGAAGGGUAAAGAGGGGGAAAUGUAUCUAGAGCCUGCUAUUAAUAGUGCAGGUAAUGGGUCUGUAAUUAUAAAAUGGGGUGGAUGAGCUAGCUGGCUCAUUGCACAGUUCUGUUGUAAAGUUAAAGUUUGCAACUUCCUUUUCUUCUAUAUGUAUAUUAAUAAAAUCCUCAGAUUAGCUCCCCCAAAAUAAAUAGAGGGCAAUAUGGUGUGAAAUGGAAAUUUGAACUAGUUAAUAGUGCUGGAGCUUUCGAAAGUUUGAUCGUG